AUCACCAUCUACCUCCUCUCACACACGCAUCUCUCUCUUUAGAGCUUCCUCGUCGUCUCGACUGAGCUGAGCAGAGCAGGAGCAGAUGCCAUGUCAGCAGGCUGACAUGGUCAGUGCAUGCAGAGGAAGGUGCCGAGCAGGCGCAAGCAAAAGCAAGCCCACAUCGUUGACUCCUCCCGUGUGUGGGGGCGGCGGGGCCGCCAGCAGCUCUGCUAUAUAACGGCCUCCGGCUUCCCGCCCUCCUGCUUGACUGCUCAUCGUCAUCGCCUCCAAACAAACACAGGCAGCCUUGCUGCAGUGGUCGGGACACGCACCCGCGAAAGCAGGCGCCGUGUUCCCUUCCUUCCCUCCCGUCGGCAAGCACCCUCGAUCGACCUCUCUGUUCCCGGAAGCAGGGGAGGCGCGCGCGAUCGAUGGCGGCGGCGGCGUACUCGCCGGGGUGGUGGUGGACGUGGAGGGCGGUGGCGGGCGUCGCCGCGGCGGGGGCGUGCCUGCUCCUCCUCCUCCUGCACGUGGCGGCGCGGGUGGCGGACGCGCUCUGGUGGCGCCCGCGGAGGCUGGAGGCGCACUUCGCGCGCCAGGGCGUGCGGGGCCCGCCGUACCGGCUCCUCGUCGGCUGCGUCACGGAGAUGGUCGCGCUCAUGGCCGAGGCCGCCGCCAAGCCCAUGUCGCCGCCGGACUCGCACGACGCGCUCCCCCGGGUGCUCGCCUUCUACCACUACUGGAGGAAGAUCUACGGGCCGAUGUUCUUGAUAUGGUUCGGGCCGACGCCGCGGCUGACGGUGGCGGACCCGGAGCUGGUGCGCGAGAUACUCCUGACGCGCGCGGACGCGUUCGACCGGUACGAGGCGCACCCCGUGGUCCGGCAGCUCGAGGGCAACGGCCUCGUCAGCCUCCACGGCGACAAGUGGGCGCUCCACCGCCGCGUCCUCACCCCGGCCUUCUUCCCCGACAACCUCAACCGGCUGGCGCCGCACGUCGGCAGGUCGGUGGCGGCGCUGGCGGAGCGGUGGCGGGCGAUGGCCUCCGCCGCCGGCGGCGAGGUGGAGGUGGACGUGGCCGAGUGGUUCCAGGCGGUGACCGAGGAGGCCAUCACGCGCGCCACGUUCGGGCGCAGCUACGACUCCGGCCGCGCCGUGUUCCGCAUGCAGGCGCGCCUCAUGGCCUUCGCCUCCGAGGCCUUCCGCAAGGUCCUCGUCCCCGGCUACCGGUUCCUGCCGACCAAGAAGAACCGGCUGUCGUGGAGCCUGGACAGGGAGAUCCGGCGGGGGCUCGUCGCCCUCAUCGGCCGCCGCAGCGACGAGGCCGAGGAGGACGAAGACGCGGGCCUCAACGACAAGGAGAGCGACGGCUUCCGGGACCUGCUGGGGCUCAUGAUCAAUGCCGGCGGCAAGAAGGCGCCGGCGAUACCCGUGGCGGACAUGCUGGAGGAGUGCAAGACCUUCUUCUUCGCCGGCAAGCAGACGACCACCAACCUUCUCACCUGGGCGACCGUGCUCCUCGCCAUGCACCCGGACUGGCAGGAGCGCGCCCGCCGGGAGGUCCUCGCCGUGUGCGGCGCCGACGAGCUCCCGUCCAAGGACCAGCUCCCCAAGCUCAAGACGCUGGGCAUGAUCCUGAACGAGACGCUCCGCCUGUACCCGCCAGCGCUGGCCACCAUCCGCCGCGCGAAGCGCGACGUCGUCCUCGGCGGCGGCCUGUCCGUCCCGCGGGGCACCGAGCUGCUCAUCCCGAUCAUGGCGAUGCACCACGACGCCGCGCUCUGGGGCCCCGGCGCCGCGCGGUUCGACCCGGGCCGCUUCGCCGCCGGCGCGGCGAGGGCGGCGGCGCACCCGCUGGCGUUCGUCCCCUUCGGGCUGGGCCCCCGGAUGUGCAUCGGGCAGAACCUGGCGCUCCUCGAGGCGAAGCUCACGCUGGCGGUCCUGCUCCAGCGCUUCGAGCUCGCGCGGUCGCCCAACUACGUGCACGCGCCGACGGUGCUGAUGCUCCUCUACCCGCAGCACGGCGCGCCGGUGAUCUUCCGGCCGGUGGUCACGCCGUCCCCGCCGUCGGACCAACCGGCCGGCGACGGGGAUGGCAGGACAGGAAGAUGACCCCCGUGCUGCCCCGAUGUGCAUACGUCAUACGAGUAGUAGAAGCGACUAGUGAAUAGUGAUAGAGCAACAGAAGAGCCAAGGAAAUUAAACCGCUAACAAAAGCUUGUCCUGUCGUGUCGUGGCAUGGCCGGUGGCCGGCGGCCGGACCUCGCUGCCUGCCGCUGGUGUCGGCCGGGCUGGUUGCCGGAAAUGCCCCCCGUUGGUAGACCAGACCAGGCUCCGGAGCAGGAAGGGUGGGAGCAACUUUUGGACCUGACGACGAUGGCGUGGACGAACACCAGCAAACCUACCCCACAUAUGCUGUCGGGUCGGUUCCAUUUGUUGGCUUCUCCUUCCCCGGAUUCUUUUCUUUCUCAUGUGUGUGUAUAGUAUGCAGCAGCUAUGCAGAUGUGUGUGUGUGUCUGUACAGGUUUAUUUGUUCGUUUAUUUAUAUAUAUUUACAAAAGUUUUUGCAGUG